CAAUCCACCGUACGAGAGUCCUCCUCACAGACACGGACAUUGCCAUUGUAGCUGCGCAAGAGAGAGAGAGAGAGAGAAUGCCGGGACUAACGAUAGGUGAUACCAUACCCAACAUCGAAGCGGAUUCCAGUCACGGCCGCAUCAACCUCCAUGGCCAUGUUGACAACAGCUGGACCAUCAUUUUCUCCCACCCUGGGGAUUUCACUCCAGUGUGCACAACCGAGCUGGGGAAGAUGGCAGCUUACGCAAAGGAGUUUGAGAAGCGUGGGGUCAAGCUUUUGGGCAUCUCCUGCGAUGAUGUUAACUCUCACAAAGAAUGGAUCAAGGACAUCGAAGCCUACACUCCAGGUAGCAACGUGACAUAUCCAAUACUAGCAGAUCCGAACAGGGAGAUAAUUCAACAAUUGAACAUGGUGGAUCCAGACCUGAAAGACAAUCAAGGGAAACCCCUUCCUUCCCGUGCCUUGCAUAUAGUCGGCCCCGAUAAGAGGGUGAAGCUGAGUUUCCUGUAUCCAGGAACAACGGGUAGGAACAUGGAUGAGGUGCUAAGGGCAUUGGACUCUCUCCUGCUGGCAGCUAAGCACAAGGUUGCCACACCUGCAAAUUGGAAUCCCGGCGACCGUGUCGUCAUCCCACCCAAUGUGUCCGAGGAGGAAGCGAAGAAGAUGUUCCCUCAGGGCUAUCAGACUGUUGACCUGCCCUCCGGCAAGCCUUACCUUCGGUUCACCAAAGUCUGAAAAUACCUCUUCACCACUCUUUGCUUCAUUGUGUAUGCUGUCUGAUUGUGAUGUGUAUUUUCGGGUCCUCUUUCUCUCUUUUCUUGCUUCCUAUAAACAACUCUGUUUAGGCUAUGUGAGUAUUUUGGUUAUGAUUUGGGAUUCAUGUGAGUAGUUGUGUUUAGAGUUAGAUAUAUAUAUAUAUAUAUAUAUAUACAUGUGUGCAUUUUGGGGGUUAAUGUCUGCUUUACUCUUCAUCCGCUGGGGGUGUUAUUUCUACAUUUUGUGCCUUUUUUAUUUCUCCCUCUGUUUUGAAACGCACUUUUUUUAUUCUGAUCGCUAGAUUGAUUAUCCAAUGAACUCAAAAAUACGUGAAAUUAAGGACAUGUAAUCAUUAGUAAGGAUAUUUAAUCAUCAAGCUUUCGUUUUCUUUA